GUCCGCGCUCGGGGCAGCGGGCAGGGGCUGCCCUCGCUCCCUCCCUCCCUCCCUCCCUCGCUCGCUCGCUCGCUCGCGCUCCCUCCCCGCCGGCGCGGCUGCCUUUGGCUGGCUGCGGAGGCCGCGAGGGGGUGGGCGAGACGCGGCAUCAGCGGCAGCGGCAGCGGCGGCGGCGGCGGGCGAGCCAGGGCAGUGCGGGCUCCGAGGCGAGAGCUGCGGCCACCGCGAGCGCCCGCCCUGGGGAGCCCGCCGGGGGAUGCGGGCAUGGCCGUGCCCGGCGGCACGAGCUGAAGCGCGGGGCUGGGGGGCCGGGCUUGGUGGCUCCCCCCGCCUGGAUCCGGGGGGGCUCCCGCUGCUUUCCGCGCGCCUGGGGACCCCGCUGGAUGCCCUGCCAUGAUCCUGGCCAACGCGCUCCGCGUCCUCCUCUGCCUCGACGAGAUCCUCCAUUCCCUGGCUGGCCCUUCCUCCCUGGCUGGCCACGACCCUCAUGGCUGGCGUACCCCAGUGGACUGUGUCCGGGCCAAUGAGUUGUGUGCUGCUGAGUCGAGCUGCAGCUCCCGUUACCGCACCCUGCGCCAGUGCCUGGCUGGCCGGGACAGGAACACCAUGCUGGCCAACAAGGAGUGCCAGGCAGCACUCGAGGUGCUGCAGGAGAGCCCGCUCUAUGACUGCCGCUGCAAGCGGGGCAUGAAGAAGGAGUUGCAGUGCCUUCAGAUCUACUGGAGUAUACACCUUGGGCUGACAGAGGGAGAAGAAUUUUAUGAAGCUUCGCCUUACGAGCCAGUCACUUCUCGUCUCUCUGAUAUAUUCAGACUCGCUUCAAUUUUCUCAGGAAUGGAUCCCGCCACCAAUUCCAAAAGUAACCACUGCCUCGAUGCAGCCAAAGCCUGCAACCUGAACGACAACUGCAAGCGGCUGCGCUCUGGCUACAUUUCCACCUGCAGCAAGGAGAUCUCGGCCACCGAGCGCUGCAACCGCCGCAAGUGCCACAAGGCCCUGCGCCAGUUCUUUGAUCGUGUGCCCAGCGAGUACACCUACCGCCUGCUCUUCUGCUCCUGCAAGGACCAGGCCUGUGCUGAGCGCCGCCGGCAAACCAUCGUCCCCUCCUGCUCCUACGAGGACAAGGAGAAGCCUAACUGCCUGGACCUGCGGAACAUGUGCCGGACGGACCAUCUCUGCCGGUCAAGACUGGCAGAUUUUCACACAAAUUGUCAAGUCUCUUUCCAGUCUCUUACCAGCUGCCCUGGGGAUAAUUACCAGGCCUGUCUGGGCUCCUAUGCGGGGAUGAUUGGAUUCGACAUGACGCCCAAUUACAUCGACUCGAGCACCAGCAGCAUCACAGUGUCGCCUUGGUGUUCCUGCAAAGGGAGCGGCAACUUGGAGGAGGAAUGUGAGAAGUUCCUGAGAGACUUCACGGAAAACCCCUGCCUCCGGAACGCCAUUCAGGCCUUUGGCAAUGGCACAGAUGUGAACCUCUCCCCCAAGAACCCUUCGCCCCCUGUCACCGUGCCCCCGAAGACAGAAAACAACCCCAAUUUGCCAGAUGAUGUCAACGACAGCAACACCCUCUACGACACUAGCAUUAUUACCACCUGCACGUCCAUCCAGGAACAUGGGCAGAAGCUAAACAAGUCCAAAGAGCAGAACGUCUGCAUCUCAGAGACACAGCUGCCCACAGACAGCAUGCCAGACCCGAAUACUUUUCUGGACCCAAAAGCAUCCAGCAGCCGACACUCAGCCGGAGUGAUCCUCUCCACUAUCUCCUUCUUUCUCGUGAAACUGGCUUUAUAAAGGAGAGGAACGGGGUCGAAAUGGAAUUGCCAACAAGACACAGACACUUGCCCACACCCACGCACACGAAAACUCUUGCAAGAAUUCUCUUUCUCAACUUUUCUCCCAAGGUUUCUGCUUUUGAGGAAUUAAAUACACAACAUCCCUUGUGCCAGACUCUUAACGCGCAAGACUAGAGCUCGGACCUGCCCCAGGAGCACUGAAUACCAGAUGGACGCAUGUCCCAGCGGGGAAAACCGUGGCCAUAUUCUUUUCUUUCCCUUUUUUUUAAGGUGUUUGGGUUGUUUUGGUUUUUUUUCCUUUCCAAAGCAAGAGCCCGAAGGCUCACGACCAACAGGAAUGCACACCCCCAUCCAUGCACACACGUGUACACAGACACACAUGCACACAGACACACACACACGCACACAAGGGAUUCGAAGCUGUGAAAGGAACUAGGGAAAACCUUUGGUGAUCUACCAGAGCUUCAGCAAGGUUGGUCGAGAAGGGAAAGCUGGACAGUUCCUAGAAGGACUCUGAAAUUGCAGCUGCAGUUUACAGGAAGAUGGAGAGAGACCUUAUUUCCCCAUUUCCCCACUGCCUUUGGUUCCAAUUUGCUGCUUGACAAUUCUGUAUGUUUGAUGCCCGCCCUAGAUGAAGUCUGGCAUUCCUUAGCCUGGGAGAUCCACAUGCUGGCGUUGCAACACGUUUUCCCCAAACUGAACCGCGGUGAGAUGGGGCAGCUGCUUAGGGCUGCAGCGGGGGUGCCCAUACCGAAAGACUAAGAACCAACAUUUCCAACGGGGCCCCUCCUGUUCCCUACUUGGAGGCCACAUCACUGGUUCGAUGGGCAAGCACUGGAUCACAAAGCAGGCGGCCGGAAAUCAAGAGGAUUUGUUUUUGCCAGUUCUGAGGGGAUGCUCUUUCGAUCUUGUCAUUUGUUCUUCUUUUCCACGGUUGGCAAACAUUUUAAAAGCAAAAGGGAAGAAAUAAUCCUGCAUUGUAAUGUUGUCCCAACGUCUCCAAUUCGUUACAUCGACGGAGAUCAUUUUCUUUAUCCCAUUGGGCUUGGGUUGGAUGAAAUAAACCAUCCAUGGAGGGGAAUCCUGCGGAUGUUACUCUCUGUUUUUCUUUUCUUUUAUAUAUACAUAUAUAGUGUAUGUAUAUAGAGACCAACUAUAUCUACAUAUAUGUAUGUAUAUACAUAACCAUAUGCAUAUACUGUGUGGCUUUUUUUUUCCUUUUUUAAUUUCCUUUCUUUCCUUUUUUUAAAACGAUCAAAUGGCAACAACAACAAAAAUGUAUUAUUGUAAAGUUUAUUUUUUUUAAUAAUGUCUAUAAUGGAAAAAAAUAAACAGAGAACAAAGGACAGAACCUUCUCUCUCCCGGCCUUGCAGGGGGCUUUGGGAAUGGGAGAGAGACCAAUACGCUUAACCAAUGGCUCCAAUAAACAUAAUAAGAAGCAAA